GUCAAAAGGGGAUUGGCUUCAAAUCUCUUGGUAUCUCAAACAAGGGAAAGAAAUAGUACUUGACUCAAGUGGUGGUAUAAGCUGUGGAAAAACUGCUGUGCACUGAUUAUUUAGUGAGCUUAAUGAAGGAUUUGAACCUUGUACAUGGUGACUUGAUUAGUACUGGUGAUAAUGAGGUCAACUCACAGGUGGUCAAGCUUCUGUUAAAACUGGGCAUCAAGCAAUUGAAUGCAUACGACUUGAUCCACAACCACAUUUUGUCAGUCUUUAAGUCUGAUGCCUGGAAGGACAAAAGGAAAGAUGUUCUAGUCAGCUAUUUAUUCUACAUUAAGACUGAACUAGAGAAAAACGCAUCUGUUGUAGACAGAAGUGAGCUGUCUGUGGUCAAGCUGGUCACCAACCAUGGGAUCAAGUCAACAGCUGAUGAUGUCCACUUUCCCACUCAGUAUGGCAAUAAAAUUGACUUAAUAAAAACUUUUCCAGGCAUCGACUGGACAUUGGUAGACACUAGUUACCUUCCCAUGAAUCCAUCUCAACAAGAUAGACAGUCAUGGCACAUGUUUCUCAGUGAGUUGGGAGUAACUGACUUUUUGAAAGUCACAAAAGUUGAAAGGUCAUUUGACAAGACUAAUAUACAUGAAACUGCCUGGUCUUCAAUGGAAGAUUCUUCUGAUGGCUACAGCAUUGAAGAUUUCCAAUGUGAAGAGUUCUACAAGCUUGUAACAGCCAAUCAAAAGCCUGACAAAAUGAUUCCACAGAUGGUCAAACUUUUUGAGUAUAUAGAUGUCAACUGGAAUUUAAAGUACAAAUUUUGUUUGGAAACACAAAUUAAAUCAGGUUCUGGACAAGUUGUUAAAGGCAAUAUUUUGAGCUCAUUUGCUGUUCAUCUCCAAACCCUGUCCUGGGUUCCAUCAGUCAGUUCUUCCCUACAUUACAAUGAAGACAAUCACACAGUGGAUUUAAAAGUCAAAGAGAGCCUUGAUCUUCCUGCAGAACUUUACUUACAAGAUCAAGCCAUUCAGCGUCUGCUCCAUCAUACAGUCAAGUAUCUCAAUGUGGCACCUCAGAAGAAUAGUUCUUUUAUUGUCUUUCUUAAAAUCAAAGACACUAUCUCAUCAGAAACACUCACACAGGCCUUGAUAUCAUGGAGUCUUAGGGCUGAAGAUUCACCAGAGAAACCUAAACUGUUUUGUACAUCUCUAUGGCAUAUGAGAGAGGUGUAUGCAUACCUGAGCAAUGAGAUGAAACAUAAAGCAUGUCAAGAUUUAUUUCUUGGCUACCCUGUGAUAUUUGUACCAAUACCCAACCAAAAUGUUCGAGGGGCUGAUAACUUAGCUGGAUGGAUGAUAAAGAAAGAUGAAGCCUGGUGGUCUGACCCUACAGAUCUCUUCCCAAAGUAUUUGAAGUCACUGGAAAAAUAUAAAUCUCCACUCAGCAGGUUUAAAAUAUUGAAAGAUAUUUAUACUCACAUGGAGUAUUUUAUAAAAAAAUUUGCAAAAGUAGAAAAAAGUCCAACCACAUUACAAUAUGCUCAGCUUUUAAAGCAUAUUGUCUCAGUCUGUGGUGUCUCAGAAGAUGGAGUCUUAUUUGAUUCUUUGCUUCUAAUUUCUAAAAUUGGACAAGACUUGAGGAAAAUUUCCUCUAAAGAAGCAGGAGUGAAAACCAUUGAGGCCAUGAAAGCAGAAAGUAAUUUGCCAAAAGUCAAAGAGCUCCUAUCUAAAGCUGCAGUGUUUCCAACAAAGUUAGGUCAGUGGGUCAGCCUCUCAGAUUCUCCUAUGAUAGCAGACUCUAAAGAAUUGGAAGAAAUGUUUGGCAAAAAGCCAGGAGUACAUCUUCUGCAGCUUGAUGUUAGAGGAAAUAAAGGGAAAUUAACUCUGCUGCGACCACAUUGUUCUUCAACGGCAGGUUUCAUUGAUCCAAAAGGGGUAGACUUUUUCAUCAGUUUAUUUGAGGAGAUAAAACCUUUAAGUGAAUGCAUCAAAACUGAAGAGGUCACUUGUGGUCUCGAGCCAUGCAACAAAGGUCAGACCUACCUUCAUAACAUUGUGGGCCUGGUGCAGAGAUUCAUGUACUUCAGGUUUCAGGAGGCAUACAAGCAGUUUAAAGCCAAGAAAUCUUCAACACUGAAACACCUUAGCUUCAUUCAGGUCAAUCAACUUGAAGUUAAGUAUGAGCUGAUUGGUAAGCCAGAUAUAUUUGUGAUCCGCAAGGAGAAAUGUGUUGUAACUGAGAAAUGCUUCUAUUUCCAUGAGAAGUACAUUGACAGUCCUGUGGAGAUCAACAAGGAAUUGGCCAAAUAUUUCUCAGAUGGGGAUGAAAAAUGUUUCAGAGAACUAAGAAAUUUUUUGCCGCAAGUAAAUGCCAUCUUAGAAGACAAAGGAGAUGAAACUUUUGAAGAGCUUUUACAGCGGCAGGUGACUGGGGACUGUACUCUUCCUACAGAUGAAGAUGUCUGGGAAGUUUCACUUCCUACAAUAGCAGUGACACCAGAGCCACAACCUACAUAUAUGGUUUAUGGGUAUCAAGCACAGUCCUUUUCAGUGGGUAGUGUACCACAGGGAGAUGAGAAUCCAGUUCUGAAGUCAUGGCCACCAAAAAGUGCUGUUGACCAUUUUGAUAUAAUUCCAAUCAAAAAAGAUCAAAACAUAGCUCCAGGUAUAUGGCCACCUCCUCUACCAGCCUCUGAAUCCACAAAUAUCUAUAAACUACCAAGUAGUAUUAAAUUUGACUGUACAACAUCUAAAGAUGAAUCGCCAACAGGUGAAAAAAACACUCAAAUGGAAGAUCAUACUCCUGAUGAAAACUACUCUACUCAGAAACAUUCCAUUCUUAGACAUGAUGGCCAGUUAGAAUGUUCAAUUAACAUGCAGGUCUCGUCACAUAGUGAAAGCAACAGAGCCAUUGAAUCAGACCAAAUUCAUCAAAGUUUCAAGCUCAGUCAAGGUCACUCAGGUAAUGGCUGCUGUAAGCACAAGGACACUAAUCACACCCAGGUGCAGUGUAUUGAUUCAAACCCAGGAUCCAACAAAGAGUUGGAGCUAACUGGCGAUUUGACCCAGCAGAUAUCUGAGCCUGGGGAUUUAUCAUCUUGCAGUAGUGAUGUGCACAAGGAACUUGGUCUAGCUGAGGAAACACGUAAGAGAAAGCUGAUUGAAGAGUCUGGAGAGGAUAAUGGUUCAGCUUCCAAAAGAAUGAAAGCACAGGAAGAACCAUCACCUUAUGAAACAUCCACACUGGAGUCACAAGGCUUGGUCAUAACCAAAGACUUUAUCCCUAUUCACUACUCAAACACAGAGGCAACACUGCUCUCACCUAGUAGCAGUCUAGAGGGAAGAAACUCUGGCAAAGACCUGCCAUAUUUUACUAUACCAAACUGGAAUGUCAGCAAUGAAGACCUUGUUUACACAGAGCUUGCCCAUGGAAACACAUUAAGCUUGCCUCAGUUUCAACUGGAUCCACAGGAUCAAGACAAAAGCAUUGGCCUUUGGGGAGAACACCUUGUCUUUGACUACCUGCGGAGACAAAAAGAAGAGAAUGCCAGUAUAGAGUCUGUGAUCUGGGCUAAUGCUGAGGGUGAAAAGGGGCUACCAUUUGAUUUUGAGAUUGUAUUGAAGACAACUAAUCCUCAAAAAACCUCCAGCAUUUUUGUAGAGGUCAAGACUACACUCAGUUGGGACAAAGAAGUGUUUCACAUUUCCUCCAAACAAAUGGAGUUUGCCUUAGUGCAGAAAGACCAGUAUGAAAUCUACAGAGUGUUUGGGGCUGGAAGUUCUAAUGCUAAACUUGUGCGCAUUCAAAACUUGUCUGAGAGAUUAAGAAAGAAACAAAUCCAGCUGUUUAUGGUGAUAUAAAAACUCUUACAAGGAUCAAGACUUUGUGAACUAAUAAAAUAAGUAUUAUGUGGUUACAAAUUUCAAUUUAAAGUACUUAGUUGUCUGUAUGUUGAAAACUUGUCAAUAUUUUUUAAGAAACAAAAAUUGUUCAUUAACCAUUGUAUAUCCUAAACCUAUUGAUUAUUGCUGACAUAACAUGCUAUAACAGUUUGGGGAAAGAUGUUUCUUUUUUUAUUCAUUAUAUAAUGUGGUUUCAUUUAUACAUUAAGACACUGAAGACGCUUUGUUUUGUUAUAAUAAUUCAAUCAUAUAAUUUUUAUACUUUAUAUUAUGAUUUGCUGGUUUACACUAUUUUAUUAAAAAAUAUUAUAUUUUGUAUGUUUAUAUGUUUGAAAUAAAAAUUUUAAAUCAUUCUUAAAUAA